CUGCAGCGAGCGAGAAGCAGAGCGGCGCGAGCGCGAGAGGGAAGCGAGCAUCCUGGAGGAGCUGUGACCGGCGAGGGGAGGCGGAGGACGGGGCCAGAAGAGAGAGGACGGAGGGAAGGAAGGAGGAGGAGGAGAAGGCUCCGGCAGGACGACACGACGGGGGACGGAGAAAAAAAAGAAAAGGGAAGAAAAACGGAGGCCCUCCCUGCCUGGACGUGGGGGGACAUCGGGAGAGGAGAGAAGAGGGGCCAUCUCAUGUUUCCCCCACCCACAUUUUAUUUCAUUUUUUUCGUUCUUUUGAGUUGUCUAUCUGCCAUCUCCCGCCAUGCCGUCCAACGCCAUCGUGGCCGCGUUCAAAGGCUCCGAAUCGACGGGAAGCAGAAUGAUGCCCGCAACAGUUCCACACAGCGAGUGCAAAAACAAAUGUGCAAUGGUGUGUUGUUUUGGUGGUCAGGGUGACAACGCGACGACGACGACGGCGGACGCGGAGCCCGUGACGGACGAGGCUAACAACAUUAGCAUCCACGGCAAGCCGGCGCGGAAACGCAAACAUGUGACAACGGAAAGCGGCGGCCCCUUCCAAGAUGGCGUCCGCAGCCGCCCCGCCGGCGCCCUGGCGGCCCUCCGCAACGGCGACGCGGGCAGGACGCCCGACGCCCGCUUCCCCAAGCCGCAGAGGAGGGAAGCGGAGAACAGGAUCGUCAGGGAGCGUUCGUCCUCUUUCUCCUUCUCCUCCUCUUCCUCCUCGCGCCGGCCGGAAGACGGCGUCCGGGGUCCGAGUCCCGGCGAGACGGACGACCGGACCGCGCCGCACAAGAAGCGAGGGAGGCGGAAACUGGAGCGGCCCACCAAAUAUGUGGAGCACGCGGAGGAAGACGACAGCGAAGCGGUCAAGAGCGAGGGCGAUCGCGCGAGGCUGCGAGGGGGACUUGGCGGGGAGAUCGGCCUUCGUCAGAGACCCGUGCCCAGAAUAACCUUCCAGGCCGGAGACCCUUAUUACAUUAGCAAGCGGACCCGAGAAGAGUGGUUGGCCAAGUGGAAGAUGGAGGCGGAGAAAAAGGCCAAACUGAUGUCAGCCAUGAACGCCAUAACGGAUCCGGACCCAGGCAAGGAAACCGAGAAACCAGAACACGAGAUUUUGUGCAGUCAGCGUCUGCCAGCUUCUAAAGGGCCUCCGCCGCAGCAACGCCAGCCUCCGUGUCCACCUCGGCGUCCGCCGCCAUCGCCAUCUCCGUCUUUGCCGCAACAGCAGCAGCAGCAGCAGCCUACCGACCCGGCCUCGCCUACUGUGGCCACCACCCCGGAGCCCGUCGCCAUCGCAGGUGGAGACAAGACCUCCCCCAAGGCUGCAGACACAGAACCCGAGUAUGAGGACGGUCGCGGUUUUGGCAUCGGCGACCUGGUCUGGGGGAAGCUGCGAGGCUUCUCGUGGUGGCCGGGACGCAUCGUGUCCUGGUGGAUGACGGGACGGAGCAGAGCUGCCGAGGGGACCAGAUGGGUCAUGUGGUUCGGGGACGGCAAAUUCUCAGUGGUUUGUGUUGAGAAACUCCUGCCCAUAAGUUGCUUCAACAAUGCCUUUCACCAACCAACCUAUAAUAAGCAGCCUAUGUACAAAAAAGCAAUCUACGAGGUGCUACAGGUUGCCAGCAGCCGGGCAGGCAAAACCUUUGGGCUCCGUCCAGACAGCGACCGCACUGAAACCUCCAAAUCUGUGGAACUCCUCACCAAGGAGAUCAUCCAGUGGGCUAUGGCCGGCUUUCAGCCUACUGGACCCAAAGGCCUGGAGCCACCGGAGGAGGAGCGCAACCCAUACAAGGAGGUCUACCCGGAGAUGUGGGUGGAGCCCGAAGCCGCCGCCUACACGCCGCCGCCACCACCCGCUAAGAAGCCACGAAAGAGCAACCAAGAGAAACCCAGGGUCAAGGACAUCAUCGACGAAGGAACGCGAGAGCAACUCAUCUACGAAGUGAGACAAAAGUGCCGAAGCAUCGAGGACAUCUGCAUCUCCUGCGGAAGUCUGAACGUUAGUCUGGAGCAUCCGCUGUUUGCAGGAGGAAUGUGCCAGGGCUGCAAGAACUGCUUCCUGGAGUGCGCCUAUCAGUACGACGACGACGGCUACCAGUCGUACUGCACCAUCUGCUGCGGCGGACGGGAGGUGCUCAUGUGCGGGAACAACAACUGCUGCCGGUGCUUUUGCGUGGCGUGCGUAGACCUCCUGGUGGGCCAGGGUGCCGCCCACGCCGCCAUCAAGGAGGACCCGUGGAACUGCUUCAUGUGCGGCGGCCCAAAGGGGGCCUACGGCCUCCUGGAACGUCGCCCCAACUGGACCUGCCGCCUGCAGCGUUUCUUCGCUAACAACCACGAUCAGGAUUUCCAACCGGCAAAACUUUACCCGCCGAUCGGGCCGGAGAAGAGGAAGCCGAUCCGAGUCCUGUCGCUAUUUGACGGCAUCGCAACGGGGCUGCUGGUCUUGCGCGAGCUGGGCAUCCAGGUGGAGCGCUACGUGGCCUCGGAGGUGUGCGAGGACUCCAUCACGGUGGGGCUCGUCCGCCAUCAGGGCCGCAUCAUGUACGUGGGCGACGUCAGGAGCGUCACGCGCAAACACCUCCAAGAGUGGGGUCCUUUUGAUCUGGUCAUAGGUGGCAGUCCGUGCAACGACCUCUCCAUAGUCAACCCUGCAAGGAAAGGCCUUUACGAGGGCACGGGCCGCCUGUUCUUCGAGUUCUACAGGCUGCUGCACGAGGCUCGGCCCAAGACGGGGGAAGAGCGACCUUUCUUCUGGCUCUUUGAGAACGUGGUGGCCAUGGGCGUCAGCGAUAAGAGGGACAUAUCUCGCUUUCUGGAGUGCAACCCGGUGAUGAUCGACGCCAAGGAAGUGUCGGCCGCCCACCGCGCCCGCUACUUCUGGGGUAACCUUCCUGGCAUGAACAGGUCGGUGGGUGAAUGGCCUCUGACGGCCAUGUGCAAUGAUAAGUUGGACCUGCAGGACUGCCUAGAACACGGAAGAACCGCCAAGUUUGACAAGGUGAGGACCAUCACCACCAGGUCGAACUCCAUCAAGCAGGGCAAGGACCAGCACUUCCCCGUCUUCAUGAACGAGAAGGAGGACAUCUUGUGGUGCACCGAGAUGGAGAGGAUUUUUGGCUUCCCGGUCCACUACACGGACGUGUCCAACAUGAGCCGACUGGCCCGGCAGCGUCUCCUCGGACGAUCGUGGAGCGUUCCCGUCAUCCGCCACCUGUUUGCACCACUCAAAGAUUACUUCGCCUGCGUUUGAGCGCCCCCCUUUGACCGCCCUUUUUGUGGCGUCAGAGCCUUGAGCCUUCAGAGUUACCCGCUCAGAAAACGCGUAGGUGCAGACUUCACACGCUCUAUUUGUUAUUCUUAUUUAAUUUGUUUUUCAACAGUGUUAUUGUCACCUCGAUAUGUUUUUGUGCGAGCUAUACUUGAGACUAUGCUUUCGGAGAAGAGCUAAACGUGGGUGGGGCGAGCGUACUGUACGUUUUUUGCCGUGCUUCCGGUGUAAAGGGAGCUCUGAGAAUCCCCCCCCCCCCAAAAAAAAAAAAAAAACAAAACACCAAGAUCACAUAUACCUCUUUGUUUACAGCUUCUGAAGGUAAUAAAAUAAAAAGGUACUACUACUGUAAUAUGGCUACAAUGCCAUGGUGCUCUGCAAUGAAGGGAAAUGUCGUCCACUGAGCUCUUUGCUUGGGGGGAAAAAAAAAAACGGAGACAAAAAAGCAAGCGUUCAAAGCGUUGGUGCUUUUUUUGCAGCUUUUCUACAAGUUCUUACUGGUGCUCCCUUCUUCACAACUCGCCUUCCUGGAGUGCACAAACUAAGCUAAAUGACGACGUUUCCCAUCAUUGGAAAUAAAAAAAAAAACGUCGAGUUCCAUUCUGACCGACGACAUUUACUGUACAUUCAGCGUGAGGCGCAAAAAAGAAUUUAAAGAAAAAUGAAAAACAAAACCUCAACAACAUGGUGCGGCUUCACAAAGUCCUUCUACCUUUUUAUAGCAAUUUUUUUGUGUGCUGUUGUAUCAACGUUAUAAAAGCACUUUUAUACAGUUCUUUUAUUUCCUUUUUGUAUUUGAUUUUUGGAAUCUAGAUUGAUGUGAUUUGUUUGACGAUGAUGUGAACUACCCUGGCGCAAUACUUUUUUUGUACACAGUAGGGCUGUGCCAAUAGUAUGGGGGGGGAAGAAAAAAAAGUGGAUUAUUUUUUUUUUCCCCCCUGGAAGUUUUUAAUUGCGCAAUGUUUUUCAUUGUCUAGUCAGCCCCGCCUCCUGCUUUUGGUUCUGUUGUAAAGUGGCAAUUAAUAUACGUCGAGUGUAAUACCGCCCAGGUUUUGUUAAGAUUAUAACGCGUUUGUAUAAAACAGCCUUUCUCAACAACGACCCCCCCUGCCCCCCAAAAAAAAAAAAUCGAAACAAAGAUGACUGCCAGUAGAUGUCAUGUUCACCUCAAAAAUUGAAUUUGAUAGAUAUUCAAUAUUUUUUGAGAGAGGAGGAAUAACAAUGUAAAUGUGUAACUAAUAUUAUAUCAGACGCACCCUCUGGUCGCACCUCUGUUUGGGAAUCCCUGGCAGAAAAUAUUUUUAAAUGCUUGCGCGUAACAUUAACGUGGAAUAACUACAUUAUCCGGAGUUAAACGUUGGCGCGCCCCCCACCCCCGGAAACCAAAACGGAAAUCAGAACAAAGGCCGAUUUGCACGUAGCGACAAGGAUUUUGUGUUUAUAUGGUGAAAAAAAAGAAUCACAUAAAUGUGUAAUUAUUA